AUGUAUUACUCCGAUCAGGAAAAGGACUGGCUUAUCAACUUUCGAGCAAAGCUCUUUAAUGAAUUAUUCAUGAAAUACAGCCCCAAAUGGGAUAGAAAGAAUGCAAGAUUGCUAGAUUUCAGUGGGGGUCCAGUAAUACUAAACUACAUCAGUGCAGCACCGCAUGUCAAUGAAAUUGUUCAUUCUGCUUACAAAGAAGAUGAACGAAAGGAAAUUGAAUUGUGGAAGAAUGAUAAUAAAGACGCCCAUGAUUGGAGCCCCUAUGUCAAGUAUGUUGUGAACGAGAUUGAAGGUUUGAAAGGAGAUGCCGCGUGGCAGGAGAGAGUAGCAUUGCUGCGUUCAAAGAUCAAAGUUGCGAGCUGCAAUGUUUACGAUGAGCACCCAAUAACUCCAGCUGAAGACUCAUUUUCGAUCAUAUGCACAAGUUUAGCCCUUGAGUCAGCUUGUAAAACCUUCGACGAUUUCAAAGCCGGUGUAAAGAAGUUAGUGCAAUUGCUGAGGCUAGGCGGUUACAUUUCUAUCCUCUUUGUAGAGGAAGAAACCUUCUACUCUACAAAAGAAGGUAAAUGGGCUGUCCUGCAACUUUCCCUUCCACAAGUGCAAGAGGCUGUCGAGGAAGCUAGUUGUGUUGUGCUUAUGACUGAACGUGACCCAAUGCCUAUAGAGUCACUUGAAAACCCAAUCCUCUUUGAUCAAAAGGCUUUUAUAUUUUUAGCAGCAUACAAGGUGAAAUGA